AUGCCCGUCGUCAUGGCCACAACCGUCAGACGCAUCAAGCACGAAAUGAAAAUUCGGCGCUCCCUGUCAAUGGCUCCCAAAGCGGAUAGCCAGUCGGGACCUUACAAAGCUGUUCCAGCGCCGAAGCCGCUAGCCAAUCCUCCUCCGUAUCGUCAACCGCCGCCGCCAGCUAAUUCAUCACCCGUGCUGGCCGCUGCACGGCCUCAUUUACAUCACAACGACCCGUCUGUUGUUACUUCAGCCGCUGCCUCAGCCGCUGCCAGCACUGCCGCCGCGUCCGAGUCGAAUCCAAAGAGCACCGGUCACGGACUCUUGGCGCACUCUUCCAAAUUUCCGAUUGAACGUGAACUUGUAGUCACUACUGGAGAUAAGAUUGCCGAGGUAGGACGCAUUGAACGCAUCGGACCCGAGUCUAAAACGUCGUCAGAGAACAAAACUGAGACAGAAUCCUCUAACAUGCAAACCAUAGUGACGCAGUCAGCCUGGAACGAGGAAAGACGCACGAUCACGCAGGGGCGAAACGGCGAAGUUAUUGCCGGAGCACCUCACCACGCUGGGCACCAUUACCCGGACGGAUACGAUCAUGUCUCUGGCUCCGAGGAAUUGCAUCGACCCGCCUCAUAUAUGCCAAUGCAUAUCCAUUAUACGGGAUGGCGCCAGGAGAACAACUACGUUCCUAUGAAUUUUGACGGCCGCAUUCAGCACCAACAGCAGCAGCACCAACAGCAGCAACAGCACCAACAGCACCAACAGCAUCAGCAACUGCACCAGCACCAGUCGCAACAAUCCUUCGGUCUGACCAGUAAUAACGCUACGGCCACCGGAUUGGGCGAUCAUUCUCUCAGUUUCGACUCGCAGCACACGGGAUCUACAAGUCUGCGCGACCCAUUCGCGCCCACUUCUCAUUCCAAUUCCUCCCAUAUGACUCAGUAUGAAAUUCAAGUCGACAGUGAGCGAGCUGAUAGGCCCAGCAAUGUCACGGUAGCACCAUGGAACAAUCAAGGCAGCGAUACGUCGACUUUCGACCGUCUUCGUGACACCUGCAACAAAAUGUUCUUAAGGGACGGUCACCUACGUGGAUCGUCUCAGUUUGCUCUAUCGCCCACGUUGCCUCGGGCAAUGGAACGACUGACCAUCGAUCAGAGAAACGGUGUGGAGCCUUGCACCGUGGCCAACCCUAAUAACGAGGCGUCGAUCGCUCACUCACACGUCCCAUCGGACAAGACGCAGAAAGAAGAAGUGGACACUACAGCCGGCAACAACAAGAAUGGUUCCAUGCGCAAGAAAUUGUCUGGCAAGACCUAUCACCACAUCAAAGACAUGUUCACCACCAAGUUUAACAAAUCGACCAAGAGUAAACUUAACGGUACAGAGAACAAUGCGGGUGCGGGCCAGGAUAAUACAAACAGCUCGGCUGCCAAUACGGCCGCCGCUGUGGCCGCCGCUGCAGCCGCCGCUGAAGCCAUUGUCACUGAACACGGAAUGGGGACGCAGCAGAACGGCACUUCCGGUCACCUUGGUAGGCAGCCUGACCCAGUCCACUCAAUCAAUCAGCGCAUCAAGAGUCAACUGACUGGCCAAAGUAGCAGCAAUCACACCGUCAACAACAACAACCCACAACAGGUGUGGGGAAGCUACGGCCGCCAAUCAGCCAGAAUGGAAGCAUCCAUCAAUGAAAGCGAUGCCAGCGCAUUGGCUAAGCUGACGCUGAGUCCCACUCCUAAUGGUUCCGAAUCUCUCGCACCCACCCAAAGCCCUUACAGUUUACGACAUAAGCCAUCCGUCACGUUCCGCAUGGAUUUGAAUAACGAGUGUCAGUACAGUGGUGGAGACAAUUCAUCUUCUUCGGUGGCUGCUUCGGCUGUUGCCGGCACGGCCGAGCCGGCAUCUCGAUACCAAUCGAGGGGUGGUCAGGGCCAAGUGGUCCUUUACGACGACACAAUGCAUUUCCCGCAGCACCAACAGCCUACAAAAGAAGGACCAUCUAAAAGUUCGUACGCCGACCAUGACUCCUCACUAUCCAGCAUUGCAUCAGCCGGCCAAGGCAUGAAAAAUCGCUCUGUAUUCGGCUACAGCGACUACGAUGUGCCACAAAAAUCCGUUUCGCUCAGUUCACCCAUGAUGAAUGAAGGCGGUUCAUCGAGUGGCCAUCAGUCGGCCGGUAGCUCUUCCGACUUGGACAAGCGAAGUGGGCAAUCGGUGAGCACCACAGAUUCGGGCCUGGGUGUUUUAACCGAUCCUUCGGGUCAGCGCAGUCGCGUCAACUGCCAACAAAAUUACCAACUGGAUACGAGCACGGAAGCAGAGAUGUUCGGCGGACGGACAGGCCAGCUGAAUCAUUCUUCGUCAGACUGGGCUGACGCAGCCGAUCGUGAAGUGAACAAUGUGAUGGAGAUGAGAAGCUACCAGUCAAAGAACUCACAGCAAGGGCUCCAAUCGGCUACCCCACCUCUACCUCCCCUGUCGCCCGAUGUUUCUCCAAAACCGACACCCAAGUUGCAGCAAAAGUUCAAUAACAGUAAACCCGAUUUACUCGAACCCACCAAUGGCCACAGUCCGAUGGUGCAGCGCGUCAAACCUACAACACCGGCAAAGCCUAUGGCCAAUUCUCACCGCGCAAGCGCAGUUAUCGAAAGCCAAACAAAGCUUGGACAUCAUGCAAAACGGCGUGGUGAAGAAAGCAAGAGUUCUUUGGCAUCGAAAUCGUUUUCCUCCGCUAAACUAAGGAGCUCCAAAUCCACUGGAGCAUUACAUCCUCUAACGGCUCUACAAGAAGCUCUCGAUCUCGGAGACAUCACGUCCACCACAACAGGCCUCGACUUAGACGCCGAUUCAGACUCGAGCUCGUCGCACAGCGACGAUGAUCUGAGUACAACGAUGGACAUGAAUGAUUCCAGGACGAUUCGUCGUCAGUUAGAAGGACUGGAAUCCAUGUAUUCAGAGGUUUUGAAAGCCUUGCACAAGAAAUCAACUCGAUCAGGACCGUCCGACUAUAAACUGUCGAAACGAAGAAUGUAUGGGAGCGUUUCUUCUUUACCCAGCUCCGUCUGUAGCCGACCCGUUUAUCGUGAUCGCCGGAGGAACGAAGAACGCCGCCGUCCAAAAGAGUCCAAGUCUUCAAACAAAAGGUUCCAACGUUUGGAAUCACACGUUGUGACACUGGCUCGAAGUGUGGCCCAUCUCUCGUCUGAAAUGCGAACCCAACACAUAAUGAUCCAGGAAAUGGAGACCAUUCGAAGUGAAAUUGCCCAGUUGCGAACCAUUCCCAUGAGGAUGGGUUCGGGAAAUCCUUACAACACCGGAGCCAGUGUUAAAUUACCCAGAGGUUACCGAGUGGAUCGUGACACUUGCUGGCAAGGUGCCGUUCCUGCUCUAACAGAUCCUUCACGUGUAAAAAAGUUGACCAGCUUCUUCGGUGACGAGCCACCCCUCUUAAGGAUCUUCCUCAAGAAGUUAGGUUAUGAGAAAUACGCUCCGCUGUUUGACCAAGAAAAGAUUGGCAUGAUUGAAUUGCCCUACCUGACCGAAGAGCGGCUGCAUAAAAUGGGCAUCCCUAUGGGUCCCCGAAUUCGGAUUUUGCAGGAAGCACAACUUUCUAUCCGCUCCGACAGCAUGAACGAUUACGGGAUGGUUUAAAAGUGCGGAUAGAUUUCAAACUCGUUUAUUUUUCACUAUUGUUUUGUAUUUCGUGAAAAAAAUAAAUAAAUAAAAAAAAAAAAAAAAAAACAAAAAACAAAAAAAAAAAAAACGAAAAAAAAACAAACAAACAUACCAUGUAAUCUUCCGCUCUUGAAUUGCGAUUUACCGUUGACUGUAUCCAUUGGUCGUAUUGGUCUCUACAAAAAUCUCUAACUGCGUUUUUUAUACACUUCUCACAUGCUUCUCAAAUAUCGAAUACAUUUUAUAUCAAAGUUGUCA